GCUGCACACCCGGCCGCGUCCAACCCCUUCUUGCAACCUCCGGGCCACGAAUGCCCGCUUAUCUACCGCUGGUUCUGAGCUGCGCGACUAGCUGACCGAUGCCCAUCGACAAUCCGGCCCAGCUUGUGGAGGAGUUCAAGAAGUCUGGGGAGUUUGACCGUUUGAGGAGGGAGUUGCUGGCGCAGUUUCGGAGUAGCGAUGCCAUGGACACGUUGAUGUCCCGUGUCGAGGACAUCAUCAAAGAAAGGCUCGCGUCCGACCAGAAGCUUUACUAUAUGCCAGAGACUGUGAUGACACGAGAGCUGAUGCAGGAGCUCGACAGGUAUCCUUUAGUGGAACGAGCGGCGGGCGAGACGCGCGCACUGUCUGACCCCGCAUUCACGUCGGGCGUCCGCAACUCUAUCAAGAGCAUUCUCCAAGAGGACCGUAGAAAUGAAGGGAAGUACGUCGACGGCAUGGACAUCGACGGCAUCGAGGAAGAGACGCCGAUGGACGAAGGCACGCCGGAGGAUGACGAUACGCGCGUGGUGCGCUUCGUGAACUACGCCAGGAGCGAACCUGAUCUCGAACCGCGGGAGGAACCUGCGAACGAAGACCUCAGCGAAAGCGUGGCUCCGAAGACUGGACUGGACAGCUGAGGAUCGUUGUCCAUGGGUCGCAUAUAUCCUGCAUUCGAAGAGUUGGAUGAACCUAUUGGUAAAGCGAUCGAUGCUGUGUGCAACUUACAGGCUCGCAGACACGUCCGCUGACAAUAGCACUGGCAUCUGCACGAUGAUUGCUACGCUGAUGAAGAAGGCCUCCUCUCGGGUGCUUGUAUGAUGCCUCAGCAGUGCAUGGUCGUCAAAGCAUGAAUUCAGCGGACCGUCCGCGCCCCU